AAUCGUACUGAAUGCCAUGGAAAGCUAUAAAACUAGGUGGUGUCUUGUCUCUACAAAUUUAGCAUCUAUUUCCUUUCAGUCUAUGGGCUCAUUGAUGGGAAUAUUUGCGUAAACUGAUGACUCAAGGGAAUUCAGCACAAGGGUCUACUCCCCUGUUUUUUUUUUGUCAUUCAAUGAUUUUCUUUAUCUUUUUGAAAGUAACGAAGUUAUUGAAAGAAUACCUUUUGAUGGCCGGUGGUCAAAGGGAAGGCCCCCUUCACCGCUUCACGUACUCCAUCUCCUUCAUAAACUAUGACCUGCAGCGUUUUUGCCUUUCCAUCCCAGAGAUGAGGAACUAUUUAUUAACUGAAAAGAGUAGCAUUUGGUUAAGCGUUUUCUGUUUCCUUCAUAGAUAAGUGAUGCCAUGUUUCUGUUAAAAGCAACAGAAUAUAAGGUGGGAUGAUAAGAGAUGUUAUAUACCUAGGGAUUCAGGCUGAGUUGACUUGCUAAGGAGCCACAUGAAAGAUGAGUUCUCAAGGAACACAUAUGCUUAAUCUAAAAGGUUAGGAUCCGAAAUAUUAGGCUUCAGGGUCCUCAUUGAUGCCCUCUUCAAACUUCUAUAAAGGGAGUAUUGGUGAAGGCUCAAGGGCAUUCACCUCCAAACAAGUAUACACAUCCAACAGCUUCAAUGGCUCGAUUUAAGGUGCUCCUUCUUGUGCCAAUUCUUCUGUUGAUGCUACUAGCAAUGGCAGAAGCAACUCCUCCAGGAAUUGCCAACCAUCCCAGCCAUGCAACAUGUAAGAAUAAGGAGUAUAAAAAUUGCUACAAUCUAGUGCAUGUGUGCCCUAAGUUUUGCCCAGAUUCAUGCACAGUUGAGUGUGCUUCUUGCAAACCUGUGUGCUCUGAUGCCUCAUCCCCACCACCUGAUUCUGAUUCUUCACCAGUCAAUCCCACUCCUGCAUCACCUCCUCCACCCACAACUACUCCCUCUCCCUCUUCAUCAUCUCCACCACCAUCACCACCGGUAUCGGAUUAUCCUUCCCCACCACCUACUGUAAUUCCAUCCCCAUCCCCUCCUCCUCCAGUUACUUCAACUACCCCUCCACCCUUCUCACCUUCUCCAUCAGCUAAUCCUCUUGAGUCUCCGACACCAUCUCCACCCACUCCAUGAGCUCUGCCUCCACAUACUAUAGGAAGAGUGUAAAAAGUGUUUUAGCUUGUCCCACACAGGAAAAGAGGAACACCUUUAGUGGGUUUAUUAACUAGCCCACUUACCUAAGCCUAACGGGCUUGUGGAGAGGUGUAAGAGACCUUGUGUGGCCCAAGCUCAUUUGAGUAGGGGCUUGCUUCGGUUGGUGGGGCCAAAAUUCCCACGGGUUGUUAGCCGAAGUCACUUGGAGAACCCAAGUUGUACCCUUAGACUAUCACUGAUAAUUAUAAGUUUCCACUCUAUUCUUUACUUGUU